AUGUUGCGUCUUCCUGGUCGUGCCAAGUUUCGAUCUGUACCCAGCGAGGACCUGGGUUUCGUGCAAAACGAAGAGGAUAGGGAUGGAGUGACUUAUAAUAAUCUUGUCGGAGAUGAAUUUCACACCAAUAACGACCAGCUGAAAAGCACUGCAAACAUAAAUUCUGGGCGUAAACUUUCCCAGUGUGAGCCUGCGACCCUUAGACCAUCAGGUCAACGGUGGCUAGCACUUAUUGCAUCUCUAAUUGGAAUCACUCCAUUCUUUUGCCUUGCCUGGGCUGCCGUUGGAUUGAAUGGUAAGAAGAUAUCUCAAAGUUCAUGGGAUGCCAUAAAAAUUGCGAUGAAAGUCGAGGUGACAUUAUUCCCACUCGUAUAUGCCGCUAUCGUGGGACUACUUCGGUCUAUCGACUUGGUGGCUCUAGUACUGAUCAUACUAUGGGCAUUUUCCCCGCUAGCUGCACAAGCUAGCCUACGAAUUCUCUCUGCUAGUCCAGGCAAGACGCAAUCCACUUUGCAACUACAAUGCUUUGAUUUUGCGGCGACGAAUGAUAUUACUCCAAUAUCAGACUGGUAUUGGAUUGACGAUCCAGGAGAUGAGCUAUUUAUUGCAAGUUUGGUUACGGCCAAGAUCACACGAGGAUCGACGACUGAUAUUUGGGGGAAUGUGAACAUACCUCUCUUGAGUAAUCUCACGGAGAGUGGGAAUUCUUCAGACUGGAUUGAUGUGAGCGGAGACAAUGUGAGAUACGCUUCGCAAUUGGGAAUGCCCAUUUUCGGUCUUCUCAGUGAUGGUCUCACGUCAACGACUAUCAAUACUUCCUACCUCGACUUUCAGUGUUAUGACCUCCGGCAAAUGACUUUUGAGGCAGCCAAUGUCAGUGCCCUCAAUGUCCCGGAAAUAAUCUACGUGGAGGGAAACGACACAGAAGCGAGUGUUGUCUGGAAAUCAUUCAACUUUGAAAAUGGAUGGGAGCGAGAUAGCGAAGAGGUGGCCGCAGCUAAUUGCACUGUGACUCUGCAAAGUGUUCUGAUGGACAUUAGUUGCAACAGAACAAGCGACUCGUCGCGUACACAAGGGGAAUGCCGUGCAACUCGGGUACAGAAGAACAACGUGGCGGACUCCAGUCUCCCGGACUUUUUUUCAUCCUCAAAAACCUUCGACAAUUUCACGCAGAGCAUUUUAAAAGCUCUGCCGUUCGGCCAGGAAGCAACCCCCACGGUCCUCGAUUACUGGAUGUCAACCCCAUUUGGUACAUUCCCUCAAUUGGAUGCAAAUAUUACUCUUUACGAGCUGAGUCCAGAUAUAUUUUCACAGCGACUAACGCAAAUGGUCAAUUCGUUCUAUAUGGCUCGCCUGGGAUAUCAAUUUAUGACACGCACCUCCCUGGAUGGGCUUCAAUCUAGCACCAGUGGUAAUGGGACAACUGUGAAAUCAGAUUCAGGCUCUGUGAAAUUCACUUUGGUUUCUGGGAAUGCUGUCGAGAUCGACACAGACCUCACUCUAUCCACUAAUCCGGGCUGGAUUACAGCUUUCAUAUUGACUAUCGUGGUUAUGAUGGCCGCAUCGAUAAUAACAUUCUAUAUCACCACUGAGAUUUGA